CCCCUCUCCUGAUCUGUCUCUGUCUCUGUCUCUGUCUCUCUCUCUCACACACACACACGCACACACACGUCGUAACUACGCAGGGACAAGGACUUUACGUGCUUCAGGGAGCGAGAGAGAGCCGACUGAAAGGGACGGGCUGGUCUCGGAGCGAAUAGAAAAGACGGAAGAGCCCCGAGUCCUCUCUCGCUUCCCGAUCGCUCAGUUUGCGGCGCGGCAGCCGGUGCUGACGACUCGAGCCCCUCCUAGUGGCGUAGCAGCGGCGGCGGGGACCCGGGCAAUCGGCGGUCAGGACGCUGGACACGGGGUCAGCUCCGCCACGGCUCACCGCGGGCUGGCAGAGACGAGGGAACCGGAAGUGGAGCGCGGUGGGCGGGGCCGGGAGGAGCCGUCUCCAAGGAACCAGGCAGAAGCGACCGGAAGUCCCCCCAUUCCCCGUGGGACUCGGCGAGCGGUGCGCUGCAGACCCGGGUGCGGGGGACGCGGCGGGCGCCGCCGGGACCUGGAGACUCCGGAGCCGCAGUGUCCGCGCGGGGCGGGCGGCCUGGGAAAGUCAGCGUCCCUGCAGCGCAGUGGCGGGAACCGCAGCCCGGCGGCCCUGGAACCUCCCAGUUUUGACACCUUGUUGUGAAAUGUCAAGAAGAGCUCCAGUCUUUGUUCCUGAGACAAAAACAUAGAGAAGAGCAACGGGAAAAAUGUCUGCUUCUCGGAAAAAUGCUCCCCAGAAAGGAGAGGACCAGCUGCAGACAGGAUUGAUCCAGUGUCCAUAUUGGAGCAAGGCUGGCAGUUGUAGAAUUUGGAAGCAGAGUUUCACUCACUAUAAUUUUACCAUCUGAGCUAUGUGCCUGGGAUCCUGUUUGAUAAUAGAGUUCUUAAAAAUACAUUACUCCAUCUCGACCUCAAAUGUGUAUCUGAUAUUUCCUAAAACUUUGCUGAGUGAUCUGUUAAUAUUCAAAGAUGUGGCUGUGGACCUCUCACAAGAAGAAUGGGAAUGUCUGGACUGUGCUCAGAAAGAAUUGUAUAUGGAUGUGAUGUUGGAGAAUUACAACAAUUUAGUCUUUGUUGAGAACCAUUUCAUGUGCAAUAGAUAUGAGAAGAUCUCAGAUCAAGACAUAAAGCGUAUUCUCCAUGAACAUGUGAAUAUCCAAGAGAAAUCUUAUAAAUGUAAUGUGUUUGGCCAAGUUAUUCAUGAAUCGUCCCAGUGUAUACAUUACAACACAAGUGAUACUACAGAAAACUGCCUUCAGGAAAGAUUUGGUAACCACAGAGAUGCCUAUACUGAAUCAUUAAUCCUAAACAGACACCAAAGUGGUAACAGGAGAGAACCUUGCAAAUAUAAAGAUUGUAUAAACAGUUUAAAUAUGUGUUCCAUCACUAGUCAACAUAAAAGAAUCCACACAGCAAAGAAAGAACACAGAAACACAAAAGAAACCAAUAGUGGAAGGAAAUCUCACCAAUGCAGGAAAUGUGGGAAAUGCUUCAAGUUGAUCUCAAGCCUAAGUAGACAUAAGAGAUCUCAUACAGAGAAACUCUACAAAUGUACUGAAUGUGACAAGUCCUUUGCCCUUGGCUCAUCUUUUAAAAAUCAUCAGAGAAUACAUACGGGAGAGAAACCUUACAAAUGUAUUGAAUGUGAGAAAUCAUUUAUGAAUACCAAAUAUCUUAAAAUACAUCAGAGAAUACAUACUGGAGAGAAACCCUACAAAUGUAGUGAAUGUGACAAAUCUUUUACCCAGAAAUGCCAUCUUAGAAGUCAUCAGAAAAUUCAUACAGGCGAGAAACCUUUCAAAUGUUGUGAAUGUGACAAAUCCUUUGCUGACAAAGGCCAUCUUAGACGGCAUCAGAGAAUACAUACAGGCAAGAAAUCUUACAAGUAGGGUGAAUGUGACGACAGAUCCUUUAUCAUUUCCUCAUCUCUUAGAAAACAUCAGAGAACUCAAACAGGAAAGAAACUGUACAAAUGGAGUGAACGUGACAAAUCCUAUAGCAGUGGCUCAACUCUAGAGCAAAAAAGAAGCAAGUGUUCCCAAGAUGCAAAAGCAAAGGUUUCUUUAUUCAAGCCGGCAGGGAUCUCACCCGAUAGAGAGGAAGUUUGACCCCAGUCAACAAUUCAAGGAAGCUUUUAAAGGGAAAGACUGUAAGGAUGAAAGCCACAGAUUACAAAGUUUCCAUGGCUACUCAAGGUCAUUACACAAAGUAUAAAAUAAAGCAAUAGCCAUAUAUGUAAAGAUACAUUUAAGCAAGAUGGGCUGGGGCAUGGGUGGCAAGGGCAUGGGGUCAUGAGUUUGCCAAUUAUGCCAUCGACUGGGGGGACUUUUACAACUGGCAAUUAGUGGUUAUCUGGUUUUGUUUAGAAUAAAGGAAUGUUGACACAGAUGGUGGCAAGCAAACUCCCUCUCUCUGAGAGCUGAGCACAGGCUCCUAGUCAUGUACUCCCGUUAGGAGGACAAUAAGCAGUCUAGUAUGGGCACUACUCCCAAAUAAGCCUAUCCUAAUAAAACACACGUGAGGAUAUCAACGAAGCAUGACUCAAAAUGCCACAGUCAUGUACUUAUGUGAGAAACUCAAUGAUACUAACCAAAUAACUCAAAGAAUGGUUAUAAGAAUGUAUGUUAAAGAGAGCACCAGUGACUUCCUGAGGGAAUGCAACAAAAUCACCCCUACUUGCAUAGAAUAGUGGAUGGUCAAAACAAGCCUGAAUAAUAAAAGAACUGUCGGGUCUAUCACUA